GCCUGGACGCCAUCUCAGCCGGCGAACCCCGGGGCCCACCGACCUCCCGGCAACACCUCCCUUCCCCAGGGCAGUCGCCUUUCUCCUCUAGCUUGCGUUCUCCUACCUCAUAGCUGACGGCCACUGGCCCCUCCUCGGAGUGAAAUCAUGAAGGUGGUGAACCUGAAGCAAGCAAUUCUGCAAGCCUGGAAGGAGCGAUGGAGUGACUAUCAGUGGGCAAUCAACAUGAAGAAAUUCUUUCCUAAAGGAGCUACCUGGGACAUUCUCAACCUAGCAGAAGCACUAUUGGAGCAGGCCAUGAUUGGACCUUCCCCCAAUCCUCUCAUCCUGUCCUACCUGAAGUAUGCCAUUAGUUCCCAGAUGGUGUCCUACUCCUCCGUCCUCACAGCUAUCAGUAAGUUUGAUGACUUUUCCCGGGAUCUGUGCGUCCAGGCUCUGCUGGAUAUCAUGGAUAUGUUUUGUGACCGGCUGAGCUGUCACGGCAAAGCCGAGGAGUGCAUCGGGCUGUGCCGGGCCCUUCUCAGCGCCCUCCACUGGCUGCUGCGCUGCACUGCAGCCUCUGCAGAGCGGCUGCGGGAGGGGCUGGAGGCGGGCACCCCAGCCGCCGCGGAGAAGCUGCUGGCGCUGUGCCUGCAGCGCCUGGAGAAGACCCUCAGCAGCACCAAGAACCGGGCCCUGCUGCACAUCGCCAAGCUAGAGGAGGCCUCAUUGCAUACAUCCCAGGGACUUGGGCAGGGUGGCACCCGAGCCAAUCAACCAACAGCCUCCUGGACGGCCGUGGAACAUUCCCUCUUGAAGCUUGGGGAGAUCCUGGCCAGUCUCAGCAACCCCCAGCUCCGGAGCCAGGCUGAGCAGUGUGGCUCGCUAAUCAGGAGCAUCCCCACCAUGCUGUCCAUGCACUCGGAGCAGCUGCACAAGACCGGCUUCCCCACAGUGCACGCGGUGGUUCUGCUCGAGGGCACCAUGAACCUGACGGGCGAGAUGCAGCCCCUGGUGGAACAGCUGAUGAUGGUGAAGCGCAUGCAGCAUAUCCCCACCCCGCUUUUCGUCCUGGAGAUUUGGAAAGCUUGCUUCGUGGGGCUCAUUGAAUCUCCAGAGGGGAUGGAGGAGCUCAAGUGGACAGCUUUCACCUUCCUCAAGAUCCCACAGGUUUUGGUGAAGUUGAAGAAAUACUCUCAUGGCGACAAGGACUUUACUGAGGAUGUCAACUGUGCUUUUGAGUUCCUGUUGAAGCUCACGCCCCUGCUGGACAAAGCUGACCAGCGUUGCAACUGUGACUGCACGGACUUCCUACUCCAGGAAUGCAGCAAGCAGGGGCUUCUGUCUGAGGCCAGUGUGGACAACCUUAUGGCCAAGCGCACAGCAGACCGGGAGCACGCCCCGCAGCUGAAGUCAGGGGAGAACGCCAACAUCCAGCCCAACCCCGGGCUGAUCCUCCGGGCAGAGCCCACCGUCACAAACAUCCUCAAGACAAUGGAUGCAGACCACUCCAAGUCCCCGGAGGGGCUGCUGGGGGUCCUGGGCCACAUGCUGUCCGGGAAGAGCCUGGACUUGCUGCUGGCUGCUGCUGCCGCCACUGGGAAGCUAAAGUCCUUUGCCCGGAAAUUCAUCAAUUUGAAUGAAUUCACAACACACAGCAGCGGAGAGAGCACCAAAGCAGCCUCGGUUCGAGCCUUGCUCUUUGACAUCUCCUUCCUCAUGCUGUGCCAUGUGGCCCAGACCUAUGGCUCUGAGGUGAUUCUGUCUGAGUCAAGCACAGGAGCAGAAGUGCCCUUCUUUGAGACCUGGAUGCAGACCUGCAUGCCUGAGGAAGGCAAAAUCCUGAACCCGGACCACCCAUGCUUCCGUCCCGACUCCACCAAAGUAGAGUCCCUGGUGGCCCUGCUCAACAACUCCUCAGAGAUGAAGCUGGUGCAGAUGAAGUGGCAUGAGGCCUGUUUCAGCAUUUCAGCGGCCAUCUUGGAAAUCCUCAAUGCCUGGGAGAAUGGGGUGCUGGCCUUCGAGUCCAUCCAGAAAAUCACAGAUAACAUCAAGGGGAAGGUAUGCAGUCUGGCCGUGUGCGCUGUGGCUUGGCUCGUAGCCCACGUGCGGAUGCUGGGGCUGGACGAGCGUGAGAAGUCGCUGCAGAUGAUCCGCCAGCUGGCAGGGCCGCUGUACAGCGAGAACACCCUGCAGUUCUACAAUGAGAGGGUGGUGAUCAUGAGCUCGAUCCUGGAGCACAUGUGCGCCGACGUGCUGCAGCAGACCGCCACGCAGAUCAAGUUCCCGUCCACGGGCGUGGACACCAUGCCCUACUGGAACCUGCUGCCGCCCAAGCGCCCCAUCAAGGAGGUGCUGACCGACGUGUUUGCCAAGGUGCUGGAGAAGGGGUGGGUGGACAGCCGCUCCAUCCACAUCUUCGACACGCUGCUGCACAUGGGCGGCGUCUACUGGUUCUGCAACAAUCUGAUCAAGGAGCUGCUGAAGGAGACACGCAAGGAGCACACGCUGCGCGCGGUGGAGCUGCUCUACUCCAUCUUCUGUCUGGACAUGCAGCAAGUGACCCUGGUCCUGCUGGGCCACAUCCUGCCUGGCCUGCUCACCGACUCCUCCAAGUGGCACAGCCUCAUGGACCCCCCCGGCACUGCCCUGGCCAAGCUAGCCGUCUGGUGUGCCUUGAGUUCCUACUCUUCCCACAAGGGACAGGCCUCCUCCCGCCAAAGGAAGAGACACCGUGAGGACAUCGAGGAUUAUAUCAGCCUCUUCCCCUUGGACGACAUUCAGCCCUCGAAGCUGAUGCGCCUGCUGAGCUCCAACGAGGAAGACACCAACAUCCUUUCGAGUCCCAGUCCCACCGCUGCCAGGACUGCUGCCCGCCUCCACUCCGCAGGGUUGAGGACCGACCGGUCCAUGAGCAGCUCCCUGUCAGCGUCCCAGCUCCACUCGGUGAACAUGAGAGACCCGCUGAACCGUGUCCUGGCCAACCUGUUCCUGCUCAUCUCGUCCGUCCUGGGCUCGCGCACAGCCGGCCCGCACACGCAGUUCGUGCAGUGGUUCAUGGAGGAGUGUGUGGGCUGCCUGGAGCAGGGCAGCCGGGGCAGCAUCCUGCAGUUCAUGCCCUUCACCACCGUGUCGGAGCUGGUGAAGGUGUCUGCCAUGUCCAGCCCCAAGGUGGUUCUGGCCAUCACGGACCUGAGCCUGCCCCUGGGCCGCCAGGUGGCCGCCAAGGCCAUCGCGGCGCUCUGAGGGGCCGUGGAGCCCCCGCCCGUGCCCACCAGGAGCCCGAGGAGAGGAGGCAUCUCGCUGUCCUCCCGAUCCGUCCCCUGCUCCUGACGUCUGGCUUCUAAGGCCUUCCGGUUCCUUUCUGGCAUAAUUUCCUCACCCGGCGGGAGCACGAGCAGCGGGCUCAGCCCUGGGCAGUUGCCCCAAACCACGUGCUGGCGCUGAGUAAAUUUCCUCUGAGGAGCUGUGAGUGCACAGAGUAUGUAUAUAUUUAUUUUUUGUAAUACGCAAGGGAGGUUCACCUCAGCUCAUUUAUAAAUAAAGACACUGUGGACCCCUUG